CAGAGACACCUGUACCAUGCUGUGAUGACGGAGAACUUGGCGCUUCUGUCCUCCCUGGGGUUCUCCAGUAUUUGUCCUGUACAUAAGGUGUCACGAGGUCUGUACAUAUUCUUACAUCGUCCUUGAACUGCAGCAUCUCUUUUGUAGUCAGGUAUUUGUAUGUCUACACAGUGCUCACUGGUCACCGGCAGCUGUGGCCGUGUCAAAAGCCAUCUGCAGAGGACUGACUUGGAGGCCUCCUCUCCUCCCUGCUGUGGUCUGAAUGUGCAUCCCCCUAAAAUUCAUAGGUUGAAAACCUUGUGCCCACUCAAGGUGACAGUAUUAGGAGAUGGGGCCUUUAAGAGUGAUCAGGUCAUGGAUGCAGAAUCCUCAGGAAUGAGGUUGGUGCCCUUAUAAAAGGGACCCCACAGAGCUUCCUAGCUGCUUACACCGUGUGAGGGCCCAGUGAGAAGUCUGCGACUGGAAGAGUGUGGACUGAUGUCUGGGUGCCAGCCCGCAGGACUGUGAGAAGUACGCUCCUGCUGUUUAUAAGCACUUGUGGUGUUUUGUUACUGCAUCUCAAAUGGACUAAGGCAGUGCCUCUCCCUGCUGUCCUGACCUGUCCAUCAGGACUCUCAUCGUGGGAGCUACCCAGGCCAUCUCUGCACAGCAGGCCUCCCUCACUGGCUCUGGUCCUGGGUGUGUCCUUCUGAUGGGGCUGCCCUAACAUCAUGAUCAUCACAUCUUUCACCAGAACUUCUCUGCUUACAGGUUUUUGGCCUGGAGCCCAGGAUGAGGAGGCACUUUCUGAACAAGGUGUUUCUGUCAGAGUGUCAGAGGUCAGGACACUAAAGCCGGGUCUGUCCACCAGGAAGGCCCUGCCCUGUGAGAUGUGUGACCCAGUCUCCAAAGACCUUUUGCACCUGCCUGAGCACAGCACUGAUCAAGGGCUGUAUGUUUGUGGAGUGAACCUUUCCCAGCACCAAAAGGGGCAGAUGAGAGACAAACUUUCCAGAAGAGAUGAGAGGAGGGCUUCACUCCUGAGCAACAGCAGCGAGCACACGGCAGAGAGGACCUGGGCAUGCAGCGGAGACAGGAAGGAGUUCCAUGGCAGCACAGGCCCCCUCCAGCAGCUGGCCCUGCACAGUGUGGGGAAGCCACACAGAAACCCUGAGGGCAGGGAGGUCAUCAGCAGUGGACAAAGCAAUUACAAGUGCGCUCAAUGUGGGAAGGCCUUCAGUCGAAAACAGACACUUGCUGAGCACCAGAAAAUCCACAUGGGUGUGAGGCCUUAUGAGUGCAGCAAAUGUGGGAUGGCUUUCAUUAGAAAGUUUCACCUUGUCCAGCACCAGAGAAUCCACACUGGGGAACGGCCUUUUCAGUGCAGUGACUGUGGGAAACGCUUUAGGUACAACUCCACACUCAUUAGUCAUCAGAGAGUUCAUACUGGAUUAAGCCCUUAUGAGUGCAGCAAAUGCGGGGAAUUCUUCAAGUACAAUGCCAACUUCAUAAAACAUCAGAGACUUCACGAUGGAGAAAGCCCUUAUGAGUGCAGAGAAUGUGGAAAAUUCUUUAGGUACAACUAUCGACUGAUAAGACAUGGGAGAGUUCAUACUGGAGAGAGACCUUACGAGUGCAGCGAAUGUGGGAAAUUUUUCAGGUACAGCUCCACAUUCAUUAGACAUCAGAGAGUUCAUACUGCAGAAAGGCCUUACAAGUGUAAUGAAUGUGGGAAAUUCUUUAGGUAUAACUCCACACUUAUUAAGCACCAGAGAGUUCACACCGGAGAAAGGCCUUAUGAGUGCAGUGAAUGUGGGAAAUUCUUCAGGUACACCUCCACCCUCCUUAGGCAUCAAAGAAUUCAUACUGCAGAAAGGCCUUAUGAGUGCAGCUUGUGUGGGGAAUUCUUCAGGUACAGGUCCAAGCUUAUUAAACACUGGCAAAAUCACACUGGAGAAAGGCCUUACGAGUGCAGUGAAUGUGGGAAAUCUUUUAGGUACCACUGCAGACUCAUUAGACAUAAGAGAGUCCACAGCGGAGAAAGGCCUUACGAGUGCAGCGAGUGUGGGAAAUUCUUUCGGUACAACUCCAACCUCAUGAAACACUGGAGGAAUCACACUGGAGAAAGGCCUUAUGACUGCAGUGAGUGUGGGAAAGCCUUUAGCCACAAGCAUAUUCUUGUUGAGCAUCAGAAAAUCCAUACUGGAGAAAGACCGUAUGAGUGCAGCAAAUGUCAGAAGGCCUUCAUUAGGAAGUCCCACCUCGUUCAUCACCAGAAAGUCCAUACUGAAGCCAGUAUGAGUGCCCUUAAUGUGGCGAAUUCUUUAGAUACAACUCCAACCUCUUUGAGCAGAGAAUUCACGGCGGUAAAGACCUUAUGAAACGAUCUACCAUAUAUCUCAUAAUAACCUAUAAUGGAAAAUAAUCUUUAAAAGAAUAUAUAUAUUCUUAUAUAUUCUCCGUGUAUAUAAAACUGAACCACUUUGCUGUACACAGGGUUUCAGGUGAAACAUUGUAAGUCAACUAUACUUCAAUUUAAAACAAAAUAAAAGACCUCAUGAGUUCAGCGGUUAUGGUAAGUUAGGUACUGCUCCUUAUGCUGGAGAAGCACCGUAUGAGUUGAUGUUGGAGUGGGCCUUACAAAGAUAGAAAAUGUGGUGUUGUUUGGUACAGCUCCCCACGUCAAGAGUUUACAGUGGAGGAAGGCCUUCUGAGUGCAGUGAAUGCAAGUCUAGGUGAAACAGCAACCCCACGACACAGCAGAGGUUUCACAGUGGGGAGGGACCUAAGUCCUGCCAUUUUGGGCAUGUGUUCAGCCAAAACUUCCACUUCAUUCAGCACCAAAAAUUUCAUGCCAGAGGGAGUGUUGCAGAUGGGGAAAGACUUCAGCAAAGUGCUCUAGUCAACCUCUAAGAGCCACUCUAAUACAGAGUUUUUUUUUUUUUUAACAUUUUUGAUUGUGCAAAAAUAUUACAAAGUUUACCAUCUCCCCUUCUAAUUGUAUGGUUUAGUGUGGUUAACUAUUUAAAGGUUUGUGCAGCUUACCUCCAGAAUUCUUUUCAUCUUCCAAAACUGAAACGCCAUACCUGUUAAAUAAUACUUCCUCCUACCCACUUCCUACCUCCCCUAGCAGCCUCUUCUUUACAGUCCACGUGUGAACAUCAUUGCUUCAGAUACUUCUUGUAAGUGGAAUCGUACGUUUUCCAUCUCUGUGACUGAGUUAGCUAGCAUAGUUUCCCCGUGUGAAGCGUUUGUCAGCAUUUUCUUCUCUUUUGAGAAGGAAUCAGAACCGACCUACCUAAGCCAUGGGGAAGGGUGCUGGUAGUCGGUACAAUUUUGCCUAACGUUACAAUAUUUAGAGAAAGAUCCAGAUUUUAUAGAGACUAUUUACUAACAGCUUUAUAAAGGUAUUGACAUAUGUUAAGCUGCAUUUAUUAAAUGUGUGAAAUGUAUUCACUAUAUAUGUGCACAGUGGGACCAUCACCCACGUCAUGAUAAUGAUCACGUCCAUUGCACACGUUUUCAUUGGCCCCUUUGUCGUCUCUCUUCCAACCCGACCAACUUGUCAUCUCCAGGUAGAUAUUGUAGAUCGCAUUUUCUAUAAUUCUAUAUAAAGGGAAUCCUACAGGUACUCUUGUAUGACUGUUUUCACUUAGUGCAUAAAUAUAUUUUUAGUGUUAUUCAUGUGUGCAAAACCGUGGCAUCAAAUAAGAAUAAGCAAGGCUCAAUUAUGUAUUAGAGCUGCAUUUUUAUAAGCAAAUGGGCUUUUUAUGUUCUGACAAUCACUGAGAGAACGUUUUUUUAAAAUGGGAAGUGAAGUUGAAACUAAGUAAUUUGAAAUUGUUUCACAUGAAUUCAUUAUCAAUAAAAGAAUUUUGAACCAUCUACCUAAUACAGAAGCUUCCACUGACACAUCUUUCUAGAUUUUUCAUUUGUUAUUUGACUUCUUUUUUCUAGUAGCAUCUUUAACUGUGUCAUUGUGUUAUAAAAGUUCUUAGGGAAUUUUUUAAAUCAUUUUUUGUGGUAAAAUACAUUUAACAUAAAGUUUAUGAUCUUA